GCUUACAUUAAAUGUAGUAAGCAAUCCACUUUUACAAAUGCACAUUAUUUUGCGCGUAUAUAUAAAUAUCAAUAUUCGGGUUGGACGAAAAAAAAAGUUUGCCUCAGUUUAGACUGCGUUUUGUGGCGCGGCGGUGCACGGAGUAUGGGGGACCGAAGCGGCAUCAGAUCGAAGCCGGAGAGGGGCAGGUCCUCCUCCUGCGGCUCCUCCUCGAGCUGCACACCCCCCUCCCCCGGUUCAAAGCGCUGUCCAACACGUGAGGCUCAUGUGACGAAGGCAGGCCAGUUCCUGAGCCAGGGACGUGUCUACAGUCACAGGCUUUAUUUAAUACGUAGCGUCGUCCUCCCACACUCGUGCAUUUAACGAAGGCUGCAGCUUCAAAACUACCGCCGACUACGCUCGGUUAGCAAAUUGACAACAUCACCGCCACCACCAUCACCAUCAGCUGCAUUCAUUUUUCAGCAAAAAAAGUAAAAAGCGCAGGAGAUCAUUUAAUCAAAUAUCGACGCAUUUGCGGUGUUAUCUGAAAUAUCGACAGUUUAGGACAAGAAUAUCAUAUUUCUCACGGUUCCAUGCUGAUAAGCUUAAAUACGCAGUGAAGUCGGCUGUCUAGCUUUAUUCUGAUUUCGCUUUUAAAAAGUAAGCGAGAUGGAAAGGAUUACAAGCGCACAGCCGCCUCCAUGUGUGGCAAAACACCCGCCGCUGGAAAUGAGUGACAUGCAAGGAUUGGAUUUCCCCAUGUACGUAUAUAAACCCAGGAGGGGAGUCAAACGCGGGGAAGACAGCAAGGGAACGUACAAACUACCACAUCGGUUAAUUGAGAAGAAAAGGCGAGACCGAAUAAAUGAGUGUAUCGCUCAGCUGAAGGAUUUACUGCCGGAGCAUCUUAAACUUACAACGCUGGGCCACUUGGAGAAGGCGGUGGUCUUGGAGCUCACGCUGAAGCAUGUGAAAGCCCUCACCAGUCUCCUGGAGCAGCAGCAGCAGAAAAUCAUCGCGCUGCAGAAUGGCACGCAAAUCGGUGAGCCAUCUCCACCACCACCAGACAACAGCGAGGAGAUGUUCAGGUCUGGGUUCCACAUGUGUGCCAGGGAAGUGCUGCAGUACCUGGCCAAGCAGGGGGAGGGCGGCGAUGUGACCCCCUCGCACAUGAUUGGCCACCUGCACAAGGUGGCCUCCGAGCUGCUGCAGAGCCCCCACGCGGAGGAGCCCGAGCGAAAGGCGCAGGAGCACAGGGCCAAGGUGGGCGGGCCGCAAGCCAAGGGCUCCGAGGGACACGGCAGGAACUGCGUGCCCGUUAUCCAGAGGACUUAUCCCCAUGGCGAGCAGAGUGGGAGCGACACGGACACGGACAGCGGCUAUGGGGGCGAGCCGGACAAACGGGACUCUAAGGCGGCGUACGCCAAGGACAGUGAGCUGAAGUACCCGCUGGCUGACCGGGCAGCGGCUGGCAUCAAACUGGAGAGUGAGGAGCCUCAGCUCAAGCGGCAGAGGAGGGAGUCUUCGGAGGACGAGGCCCUUCCAAGCGGAGAGGCGAUGGCCGACCAUGGCGGCUUCCUGGGCUUCUCCCCCCCUCAGCCUCGACUCUGCAUGCCCUUCUACCUCCUCCCACCCACGGCGGCCGCCUACCUGCCCAUGCUGGAGAAAUGCUGGUACCCAGGAGGCAUGCCGGUCUUGUACCCAGGAGUCAAUGGUGGUGGCAUGCCUAUGUCCCCAGACAAGCACCACUCGCCGCUGGGGCUGUCCCCCCAGACCCCUAUGGACUCGCCAGCGCUGUUUCACGCGUUGAAGCACGUGCCGCCAUUGAACCUGGAAACCAAAGACUGAGAUGGACCGGCUGAAUGUCGCCGCCAUUGAGUAGAGGGAUGGCCCAUGGGGUGAACCGCAGGAACAAAGGAAGGAAGUAGCGAUUUGGGGAAGGAAAAAAAAUGUAGAAAAUGCCUCUACUCAACGGCAGCCCUGCUCACCCUUCGCCACACCAGAGACUGAGUGGCCUGGCCCACCUUCCUGGGAGCCAGCACUCGAGAGGGUCUUCCUUUGUGGAUGUCUAGUAGUAGAUUUUCUGUAGCCCCAAGAGACACUAAGAAGGUGGUCAACAUAAGGACAAGAAUGAGAGUGUGGGGGGGUUCCUAUACAUGUGUUAAAUGUCAAUGCAAAGUCAUGAAUGUGAUGGUCAUACUUCAGCUGAAUGUAAAUGUGAUGAACCCUGCAGAUGCUGCUUCUGAAGGUGCCCCCCCCCCCCUUCUGAAUCAGAAAGCGUUUCCAUCCUGCCAAACGGUUUUCACCAAAUUAAGGAAGCUGCUCAAAACUUCAGCCGUGACCUAGAUUCAAAGAUCCAGUGUUAGAACAACGAAAAGUACAAAGUGGUCUGGCUCCCACCUCACCCGUCCGCCCUGCUUUCUCCAAAUCUAGCUGCGUCUUAGCCCAGCGACUGGAUAGCAUUACCUUUCCGCGGGCUGGCAGUGUUCUUCCAGAAUGAACAGUAGUUUAGUUGCUUCUUGUUUUGUUUGUAUCACAUAUCUAUUUUUGAUACAUGACCUGCAAAGUCUAUAUUACACCUUUGGCCAGGGAUGGGAGAGUUGACCAGUCAUUCAGUGUAUGCCAACAGAUUAUGUACAUAGUACUACGCUAAUCUAAUAUACAUCGUUUUCAGAUUUACUUUUCGGUUGGCGGAAAGCCUGUAUUUUGAUCUUGCUGUUGCCUUCACUUGUUAAAGCUGAUAAACCUGUAACUGAUGUUUCAGUGUAUUUCUAUCAUUUCUGAAGUCUAAAGUCGAGAGAGAUAUGUGAAUGUAAUGUAUUUAAAAAAGAGAAUAUUAGUUUUGUAUCGCAAGUGGUACUUGGAAUUUUAUAUUUUGGGACAUAUGAGAAUGUCGCCUGAUGUAUAUAUUUAGUCUGUAAAUGUUGAUAUACAUUAAAUAAGCAAAUUAAUAAAGUUUUUUUUCCCUGUG